GCUGAUGUUAUAUGGCUGUCAUUGAAACAUAAGCCACAGAACCCACAGCAGACAGGCAGAUGAAAUGCUAGUACUCAGCAGACAUAUGGGACCAGAGAUUAUACCAAUACACAAUAGAUCUAUGCAGGGGCGGACUGACAACUCAUGGGGCCCCCGGCAAUAGGGGAUCAUGGGGCCCCUGUGUCCUUGCCCAAAUUCAAAAAAGCCUAUGAAAAAGGUACCAGGGGCAUCUCAUGGGGCCCCCUACUGACCCCGGGCCCUCAGGCAGUGCCCGAGUUUCCAAAUGGUCAGUCCGCCCCU